AUGACAAAUCUUUCGCAUCUCUGCUUAGAUGGAAACAACUUCUCUGGUUAUUUACCUCAGUUAUGCCACGGUGGAUCUCUUCAAGUGUUCGCUGCGCCAAAUAAUCAUUUCACUGGUGUGAUACCAACAAGCUUAAGAAACUGCACUAGCUUAACAAAAGUGCGACUGGAUGGGAACCGACUCACAGCAAAUGUAUCGGAAGCCUUUGGUGUAUACCCGCAUCUCACGUUCAUGGAUGUUAGCGACAACAUGUUGUUUGGUGAACUCUCACCGAACUGGGGAGAAUGUCAAAACUUGACAAAGCUACAAUUCUCUGGUAACGUGAUCACCGGUAGAAUUCCUCCCGAGAUUGGGCAGUUGCUUUCUGGUCAGGUACCCCAAGAGAUUGGAAAACUAUCCAAUUUGGAGGAACUUGACUUGUCAAUGAAUCGCUUCAGUGGUCCAAUACCACCUCAAUUAGGGGAUUGCUACAAACUCGAGUAUCUGAAAUUGAGCGAAAAUGUUUUGAAUGGAAGUAUUCCUUUUGAGAUCGGUCGUCUUUCGGAUAGCAAAGCCCUUCAAAAGGCUCCUCCAGAGGCAUUCAUAGAAAAUAAAGGCUUAUGUGGUGAAGUGCAAGACAUCGUGGAGGCAGUAGAGGGUUUUGACGAAAAAUACUGCAUUGAAACUGGAGGGUAUGAGAAAGUUUACAAAGCGAAUAUACCAACAGGCCAUGUAUUAGCUGUGAAGAAACUUCAUCCUACUACCAAAAAAUUAACCAAAGGCUACGGACUAUUCUGGUUUUUGGCUAUAGCUAUAAACCAUAACUCGUUUGCUACGGCUUAA